AAAUUUGCGCUCACUAUCGAUUCUAUCGAUUAUUGAACGAAUCACGAUAUUCACACAUUGUUUAUUCGAAAUUUUAUUUUAUUUUUUUUUUAAUUUUAUUUUUUUCUGCCAAAAAAUUAAACAAAAUGACUUCCAUUAUAUAUUUUACACCAAUUUCUGGUGCUUUAGAUGAAUCACCACCAUGUUAUCUUCUUAAUAUUGAUGAAUUUUGUUUUCUUCUUGAUUGUGGUCUUGAUGAAUCCUGUAAUGUUGAUUAUGUUGAAAAUUUAAAACCACAUAUAACAAAAAUUGAUGCCGUUCUUCUAUCACAUCCGGAUACUUUUCAUCUAGGUGCAUUACCAUAUUUAUUUGGAAAAUGUGGCCUUUCAUGCGAUAUAUAUGCAACAAUACCAGUUUAUCAAAUGGGUCAAAUGUUUGCCUAUGAUUUAUAUCAAUCUCGUCAUGGUUUUGAAGAUUUUAAUCUAUUCACAUUGGAUGAUGUUGAUUUAGCAUUCGAUAAAGUGAUUCAAGUUAAAUAUAAUCAAACAGUAAUGUUAAAAGGUAAAGGACAAGGUAUAACAUUAACACCAUUACCGGCUGGACAUAUGAUCGGUGGUACUGUUUGGAAAAUUGUUAAAGAUGGUGAAGAAGAUAUUUUUUAUGCUGUCGAUAUUAAUCAUAAAAAAGAACGACAUCUAAAUGGUUGUACAAUUGAUAAAUUAUCACGACCAUCAAUGUUAAUUAUUGAUUGUGAUAAUAUUAAUUAUAUGCCGGAAAGAAGAAAAAAACGUGAUACACAAUUAUUCGGCAGUAUUAUUGAAACAUUAAGAUCAAGUGGUAAUGUACUAAUUGGUACGGAUACAGCCGGACGUGUAUUAGAAUUAUCACAUAUGCUUGAUCAAAUGUGGCGUAGUGAACCAGGUCUUCAUGUUUAUUCAAUCAUAUUAUUAAAUAAUUUUAGCUAUAAUGUUAUUGAAUUUGCUAAAUCAUUAGUCGAAUGGAUGAGUGAUAAAUUAAUGCGUGGUUUUGAAGGUCAACGUAAUAAUCCAUUUGCAUUUAAACAUAUACAAUUAUGUCAUAAUCUAAAUGAAUUGGCUCGUAUUCCUGAACCAUAUGUUAUUUUAGCAUCACAACCAGAUUUUGAAUGUGGAUUUUCACGUGAACUUUUUUAUGGAUUUUGUGGUAAUGCAAAAAAUACUAUCAUUCUAACACAACGAUCAUCAUUACCUGGUACAUUGUGUGAUUUGCUUAUUAAUUCGGCAAAUUUACCAAGACCAUUUCGAAUAAAAUUUAUACGAAAAAUGCGUGUACCAUUAGCAGGUGAAGAAUUGGAAUCAUAUUUAGAACGUAAACGUAAUGAAGAAUUGGAAAAAGAAAAAGAAAAAAAUGCUAAUGAUUCUAUAAAAGAUAAAAAAAAUACUGAUGAUGAAUCGGAUGAAGAAUCUGAUGACGAUGAUGAUGAUGAUGAUGAUGAAUAUUUUGAUGAAGAAUUUAAUCGAAUUUCAAAUGUUAAAAAUGCAAAUUCAAAAGUACCAAAUAUCGCCGGAAUGACACAAUCUACGAACAAACAUGAUCUAAUGAUGUCAUCACGUAUGGAUGGCCGUGUAAAAGGUGGUGGUUUUUUUAAGAAUGCAAAAAAAUCCUAUCCAAUGUUUCCGUGUGUGGAAAAGAAAAUCAAAUGGGAUGAUUAUGGUGAAAUAAUUAAUCCAGAUGAUUAUUCUAUAUUUGAUAUGUCAAAAAUAUUUAUGGAAGAUAAAGAAAAUAUGAUGACAGAAGAAUUGAAAAAUAAUGAAAAUAUGGCCAAAAUUAAUGAUGAUCAAAUGAAUGAAUUGAUUAAAGAAACAAAUCCAACAAAAUGUAUUGAAAAUAUUGAAGAAUUACAAAUUCAAGCUAAAAUUGAAACAAUCGAUUUUGAAGGACGUUCCGAUGGUGAAUCAUUAAAACGAAUUAUUAAAAUGAUACGACCAAGACGUUUAAUAUUAGUUCGUGGAUUAUCGGAUAAAGCUAAUAGUUUUGCUGCUUAUUGUCAAAAUAAUGAUUGUGUAUCGGGAAAGAUUUUCAUUCCAAAAAUUAAUGAAUUAGUUGAUGCAACAACUGAACGUCAUAUUUAUCAAAUAAAAUUAAAAGAUGCUUUAGUUAGUUCAUUGAAAUUUUCAAAAUAUAAAGAUGGUGCUCAAUUAGCAUGGGUUGAAGCUGAAAUAGAUAUGGAUAUAACUGAAUCAAUAUUGCCACAAAAUGAAGAUCAACAACAACAGCAACAAAAAAAUAUCGAUUCAAAUGAUACAAAUAAUGAUAAUAAUAAUCGAAAAGAAAUGGAUAAAACCGAAAUGAUAAUCAUGAUUGAUAAUCAUCAACGUAAUAAUCGUGAAAUGAUACCAAUAUUAAAACAAUUACCAUCAUCCGAAAUGCCAACACAUCAAACAAUAUUUGUUAAUGAAUUAAAAUUAUCUGAUUUUAAACAAAUAUUAAUGAAACAUGAUAUACAAGCAGAAUUUUCUGGUGGUGUAUUACUUUGUAAUGGACAAGUAGAAGUAAAAAGAACUGAAUCUGGUCGUAUUCAUCUUGAAGGUACUGUUUCGGAUGAAUAUUUUAAAAUAAGAAAAUUAUUAUAUGAUCAAUAUGCUAUUCUAUGAACAAACA